AUGCAGCUGUGCUGUGAAUCUGUAAAUGGCUCUUGUGUAAAGAGCAAUUGGUCAAACCUCAGUAUCCGUAUUUCCAUGUAUAUCUUUAUGUUUUGCAUUAUUCUGGCCACAGUGAUUGGAAAUCUAAUGGUUAUCAUCUCAAUAUCACAUUUUAAGCAGCUCCACACACCAACCAACUUCCUGAUAAUUUCCAUGGCUACAGCCAACUUUUUACUGGGAUUCCUCAUCGUGCCUUCCAGCAUGGUGCACUCUGUUGAGCAAUGCUGGUAUUUUGGGGACUUCUUCUGCAAGAUCCACACAAGCACAGACAUUAUGCUGAGCAUGACUUUUAUCUUCCAUCUUUCCUUCAUAUCCAUGUACUAUGCUCUGUGUGACCCUCUCAGGUACAAAUCAAAGAUAAAUACUUAUGUUAUCCUGGUCAUGAUAUUGGUAAGUUGGACUGUCCCUGCUGCUUUUGCUUUUGGAAUGAUUUUUCUAGAACUGAAUUUGCUAGGGGCAAAAGAGAUUUAUAAUAACAUCCACUGUGCAGGAGGAUGCUUGGUCUUCUUUAGUGAAACUUCAGGUGUCGUCACCUCCAUAGUGUCUUUUUACAUCCCUGGAUUAGUUAUGCUGUUCAUCUACAGGAAAAUAUACUCUAUAGCCAAAAGGCAAGCAAGAUCCAUUGAUGCAGUUAGCAAAAAGAAGAAAAGAUAUGAAAAGAAGCACAUUUCAUUCUGCAGAGAAAGAAAAGCUGCAAAGACAUUAUGCAUAAUAAUGGGAGUAUUUCUCAUAUGCUGGAGCCCGUUUUUCUUCUUUACAGCAACUGACCCAUUUAUGAAUUAUGCAAUGCCUCCUAUUCUCAUUGAUGCUUUGGUUUGGUUUGGUUAUUUAAAUUCUGCAUUUAAUCCCAUUGUUUAUGCAUUUUUUUACAAGUGGUUUCACAGGGCAUUAAAGACUAUUCUGUCCGGAAAUAUUUUUCAACAGGAUUCUUCAAGGACUCAGUUAUUUUUGGAGUAA